CACACAUCUUUGCUGGUCGCAAACCCGGAGCAGCAGCAGCAGCGAGAGCGCGGCGGAUACGGAGCGACAGUUUCCUGUCUGUGGUGCUGGUGCACAUGAGAUCACAGUGAGACCUGUGCAGACUGCUGUCUGCUCCCUUUCUCCACCACAACAGCCCGGUGUGUCCCAUCUGCCACCAUGGCCUUUGUGCCCACGCCCAGCCCCACUGUGGUCGACCAGACUACACUUAUGAAGAAGUACCUGCAGUUUGUGGCAGCACUCACAGACGCUAACACACCGGAUGAAACUAAGCUAAAGAUGAUGCAGGAGGUCAGCGAGAAUUUUGAGAAUGUGACAUCUUCGCCUCAGUACUCCACCUUCUUGGAACACAUAAUCCCUCGCUUCCUCACGUUUCUUCAGGAUGGAGAGGUUCAAUUCCUCCAAGAAAAACCUACACAGCAAUUGAGAAAGUUGGUGCUGGAAAUCAUCCACCGCAUUCCAACAAAUGAACACCUUCGUCCACACACCAAGAACAUCUUGUCUGUGAUGUUCCGCUUCCUGGAGAUUGAAAGUGAGGAAAAUGUGCUGAUAUGCCUUCGCAUCAUUAUCGAGCUACACAAACAGUUCCGGCCUCCAAUCUCUCAGGAGAUUCAUCACUUUCUAGACUUCGUGAAGCAGAUUUACAAAGACCUUCCGAAAGUUGUUGCCAGGUACUUUGAGAACCCGCAGGUGAUAGCAGAGAACACGGUUCCCUCCCCAGAAAUGGUAGGGAUGAUCACGUCGGUGUUGGUCAAGACGGCACCUGAGAGGGAAGACAGCGAAACACGAACACACACCAUCAUCCCGCGGGGGUCCUUGUCUCUCAAAGUGCUGGCAGAGCUGCCUAUCAUAGUGGUGCUGAUGUAUCAGCUGUACAAGCUGAACAUUCACAAUGUGGUGUCAGAGUUUGUACCCCUCAUCAUGAACACCAUCAUGCUCCAGGUGUCACCGCAGGCCAGGCAACACAAGCUUUAUAACAAGGAGUUGUAUGCAGACUUCAUCGCUGCGCAGAUCAAGACUCUGUCAUUUCUAGCCUACAUCAUCCGAAUCUACCAGGACCUGGUAGGGAAGUACUCUCAGCAGAUGGUAAAGGGCAUGCUGCAGCUGCUGACCAACUGCCCCUCUGAGACUGCUCACCUCCGCAAGGAACUGCUUAUUGCAGCCAAGCACAUCCUUACAACUGACCUACGUAGCCAGUUUAUACCUUGUAUGGACAAACUUUUUGAUGAAUCCAUCCUGAUCGGUUCUGGUUACACCGCUCGUGAGACUCUUAGACCUUUGGCCUACAGCACACUAGCAGACCUGGUGCACCAUGUUCGUCAGAACUUACCCCUGACAGAUUUAUCCUUAGCUGUGCAGCUCUUCGCCAAGAACAUUGAUGACGAGUCACUUCCCAGUAACAUUCAGACCAUGUCCUGCAAGCUGCUGCUCAACCUGGUAGACUGCAUCCGGUCAAAGUCAGAGCAAGAGAACGGCAAUGGACGAGACAUCUUGAUGAGGAUGCUGGAGGUGUUUGUGCUGAAGUUUCACACCAUUGCACGGUACCAGCUUGUCUCCAUCUUCAAAAAGUGCAAGCCUCAGUCAGAGAUGGGUGUUGUUGACCCAGGGGUGUUACCCGGGGUACCAGCUACACCCACCCCAUCCACUACCCCUGCCCUUCCACCUCCUGCUCCUCCUACGCCCGUAGCUGCGCCGCCUCCACCCCCAACAACGUCCUUUGACCGAACUGGUGAGAAGGAAGACAAGCAGACCUUUCAGGUUUCGGACUGCCGCAGCUUAGUCAAGACUUUGGUGUGUGGCGUAAAGACAAUUACUUGGGGCAUCACCUCUUGCAAGGCCCCAGGAGAGGCUCAAUUCAUUCCUAACAAGCAGCUUCAGCCAAAGGAGACACAGAUCUACAUUAAGCUGGUCAAAUACGCCAUGCAGGCCUUAGACAUCUACCAGGUUCAAGUUGCCAAUAACCAGCAGACGUACAUCAGGGUGGCCAACUGUCAAACUGUACGCAUGAAGGAGGAGAAGGAAGUUCUGGAGCACUUUGCCGGGGUCUUCACCAUGAUGAACCCCCUCACAUUCAAGGAGAUUUUUCAGACAACUGUGCCGUACAUGGUGGAAAGGAUCUCUAAGAACUAUGCACUGCAGAUUGUGGCAAAUUCUUUCCUGGCCAACUUGUCAACGUCUGCUUUAUUUGCCACCAUCCUCGUAGAGUAUCUUCUUGAGAGACUGCCAGAGAUGGGCUCCAAUGUUGAGCUCUCAAACCUUUACCUCAAACUCUUCAAACUAGUAUUUGGUUCAGUGUCACUGUUUGCUGCUGAAAAUGAGCAGAUGCUCAAGCCACACCUCCACAAGAUUGUCAACAGCUCCAUGGAGCUGGCCCAAUCAGCUAAGGAACCCUACAACUACUUCCUGCUUCUCCGGGCUCUCUUCCGCUCCAUUGGUGGAGGCAGUCAUGAUCUGCUCUACCAGGAGUUCCUACCUCUUCUACCUAACCUGCUGCAAGGUCUGAACAUGCUGCAGAGUGGCCUUCACAAACAGCACAUGAAGGAUCUAUUUGUGGAAUUGUGUUUGACGGUGCCGGUGCGUCUGAGCUCCUUGCUGCCGUACUUACCCAUGCUCAUGGAUCCGCUGGUGUCUGCCCUCAAUGGCUCUCAGACUCUGGUCAGCCAAGGCCUUCGCACCCUGGAGCUGUGUGUGGACAACCUUCAGCCUGACUUCCUCUAUGACCACAUUCAGCCUGUCAGGGCCGAGCUCAUGCAGGCGUUGUGGCGUACCCUCCGUAACCCGGCUGAGAGCAUCUCUCAUGUAGCCUACCGAGUGUUGGGAAAGUUCGGUGGCAGCAACAGGAAGAUGCUGAAGGAGUCUCAGAGGCUGCAUUAUGUGGUGACCGAGGUCCAAGGACCUAGCAUCAAGGCCGAAUUCACUGACUGCAAGGCAUCCAUACAGCUACCCAUGGAAAAGGCGAUAGAGACCGCCCUAGACUGUCUGAAGAGUGCCAACACAGAGCCCUACUACAGGCGACAGGCCUGGGAGGUCAUUAAGUGUUUCCUGGUGGCCAUGACCAGUCUGGAUGACAACAAGCACGCUCUCUACCAGCUGCUGUCUCAUCCCAACUUUGCUGAGAAGUGGAUCCCCAAUGUCAUCAUCUCUCACCGCUACAAAGCACAAGACACGCCUGCCCGCAGAACUUUUGAACAGGCCCUGACUGGGGCAUUCAUGUCUGCUGUGAUAAAGGACCUGAGGCCCAGCGCGCUGCCCUUCGUGGCCAGCCUGAUUCGCCAUUAUACCAUGGUCGCCGUGGCUCAGCAGUGUGGUCCGUUCCUGCUGCCGAGCUACCAGCUGGGCAGCCAGCCAAGCACAGCCAUGUUCCACAGUGAGGAGAAUGGCUCAAAAGGCAUGGAUCCGCUAGUUCUGAUUGAUGCCAUAGCUAUAUGCAUGGCCUACGAGGAGAAGGAGCUGUGUAAGAUUGGAGAAGUGGCCCUGGCCGUCAUUUUUGACGUCGCCAGCAUCAUUCUUUGCUCCAAGGAGAGGGCAUGCCAGCUGCCCCUGUUUUCCUACAUUGUGGAGCGACUGUGUGCCUGCUGCUAUGAGCAGGCCUGGUAUGCCAAGCUUGGUGGCGUGGUGUCCAUUAAGUUCCUAAUGGAGAGACUGCCUCUGAUCUGGGUGCUACAGAACCAGCUCACCUUUCUCAAGGCCCUGCUCUUUGUCAUGAUGGACCUCACAGGAGAGGUAUCAAAUGGAGCAGUAGCCAUGGCUAAGACCACCCUGGAGCAGUUGCUUGUGCGCUGUGCCACUCCACUGAAAGAUGAAGAAAAGACUGAGGAGCUUCUGGCUGCCCAGGACAAGUCUUUUCAUAUGGUCACGCAUGACCUGGUCCGAGAGGUCACCUCCCCCAACUCAACCGUCAGAAAGCAGGCCAUGCACUCCCUGCAGGUGCUAGCCCAGGUCACCGGCAAGAGCGUUACCGUCAUCAUGGAACCACACAAAGAGGUGUUGCAAGAUAUGGUUCCCCCCAAGAAACACCUGCUCCGCCACCAGCCUGCCAACGCACAGAUCGGCCUGAUGGAGGGCAACACCUUCUGCACCACCCUGCAGCCCCGCCUCUUCACAAUGGACCUUAAUGUCAUAGAGCACAAGGUCUUCUACACAGAGCUGUUGAACCUGUGUGAGGCAGAGGAUGCUGCUCUGAUGAAGCUGCCCUGUUAUAAGAGCCUUCCCUCGCUGGUUCCCCUCCGCAUCGCUGCUCUUAAUGCCCUUGCAGCUUGUAACUACUUGCCACAGUCCAGAGAGAAGAUCAUUGCUGCCCUUUUUAAAGCCCUCAACUCCACCAACAAUGAACUGCAGGAAGCGGGCGAGGCAUGUAUGAGGAAGUUCCUGGAAGGCGCAACCAUUGAGGUGGACCAGAUCCACACUCACAUGCGGCCCCUACUGAUGAUGCUGGGUGACUACCGCAGCCUGACGCUCAACGUGGUGAACCGCCUAACCUCAGUCACACGGCUUUUCCCCAACUCCUUCAAUGACAAGUUCUGUGAUCAGAUGAUGCAACACCUGAGGAAGUGGAUGGAAGUGGUUGUAAUAACACACAAGGGAGGCCAGCGCGGUGAUGGCAGUCCUGCGUUGGAGGGGGUUGAGGAGAUGAAGAUCUGUUCUGCCAUCAUUAACCUUUUCCACCUGAUCCCAGCCGCACCUCAGACUCUGGUCAAACCUCUGCUGGAGGUGGUCAUGAAGACCGAGAGGGCCAUGCUCAUAGAGGCCGGAAGUCCGUUCAGGGAGCCUUUGAUCAAGUUCCUGACACGUCACCCUCCUAAUCCAUGUAAUUUUGUGUUAUAUUUACAGUAUAUGUGUGUAUCUAUUUAAAUACAGAGUUUUCUGAAACACAAAGAUGCCAAGCCCCUAAGAGACGUGCUGGCCUCUAAUCCGAACCGCUUCGUCCCCCUGCUGGUUCCCGCUGGCACUGCAGCAACUGUUCGACCUGGAUCUCCCUCCACCACCACAGCCAGAUUGGACCUGCAGUUUCAAGCUAUCAAGAUUAUCAGCAUCAUAGUGAAGAACGAUGAGGGUUGGCUGGCAGGGCAGCACUCCUUGGUCAGCCAGCUGAGGCGAGUCUGGGUCAGUGAGGCCUUCCAGGAGAGGCAUCGCAAAGACAACAUGGCUGCCACCAACUGGAAGGAGCCCAAGCUGCUGGCCUACUGCCUGCUUAGCUACUGCAAGCGCAACUACUCAGAGAUCGAGCUGCUGUUCCAGCUGCUGCGGGCCUUUACAGGUCGCUUCUUAUGCAACAUGACCUUCCUGAAAGAGUAUAUGGAGGAGGAGAUUCCCAAGAACUACUCCAUUGCCCAAAAACGAGCCCUGUUCUUCCGUUUCGUGGAGUUCAAUGACCCACACUUCAAUGACGAGCUUAAAGCUAAGGUGUUGCAGCACAUCCUGAAUCUAGCCUUCCUGCACAGCUUUGAGAAGGGGGAAGGUGAGCAGCUGCUUGGACCGCCCAACCCUGAAGGAGACAAUCCUGAAAGCAUUACCAGUGUCUUCAUCACUAAGGUUCUGGACCCAGAGAAGCAGGCCGAUUUGCUGGACUCACUGCGAAUCUGCCUGCUGCAGUUCUCCACCCUGCUGGUGGAGCACGCACCUCACCACAUUCAUGACAAUAACAAGUCACGCAACAGCAAGCUGCGACGCCUCAUGACCUUCGCCUGGCCAUGCCUACUGCCCAAAGCCUGCGUGGACCCUGCCUGCAAAUACAGUGGCCACUUACUUCUGGCCCACAUCAUUGCAAAGUUUGCCAUUCACAAGAAGAUCGUGCUGCAGGUCUUCCAUAGCCUGCUGAAGGCCCACACCAUGGAGGCCCGGGCCAUCGUACGGCAGGCCAUGGCCAUCCUGACCCCAGCUGUGCCCGCCCGCAUGGAGGACGGUCACCAGAUGUUGACCCACUGGACUCGCAAAAUCAUUGUGGAGGAGGGACACACUGUACCACAGCUCGUCCAUAUUCUACAUCUCAUUGUGCAGCAUUUCAGGGUGUACUACCCUGUGCGCCACCACCUGGUGCAGCACAUGAUCAGUGCGAUGCAGCGUCUGGGCUUCACCCCCAGUGUGACCAUAGAGCAAAGGAAACUGGCUGUGGACCUGGCCGAGGUGGUCAUCAAAUGGGAGUUACAGAGGAUCAAAGACCAGCUGCCGGAGUCCGAGGCUGAAGUAGGGGCCGGUGGUGAAGGAACUAGCGGUGCUGCUGUGAAAAGAGGCCUAUCGCUGGAAGCUGCUACUGCUGCUGCGGCUGCUGCUGCUGCUGCUGCUGGACAAGACGCCAAGAGGUUCCGCACGGCAUCCGGAGCUGCCUCCGCGGUGUUUGGCCGCAGCCAGUCCAUGCCAGGUACAGAGACCAUGCUCACCAAGCCUGUCGAGAAACAACAUACGGACACUGUGGUCAACUUCCUCAUCAGGAUUGCAUGUCAGGUGAACGACAGCACCAAUGUGGCUGGGUCACCGGGGGAGCUGCUGUCCCGUCGCUGUGUUAGCCUCAUGAAGUCUGCCCUCAGGCCUGACAUGUGGCCUCGCGCUGAGCUCAAGCUACAGUGGUUUGACAAGCUGCUUAUGACAGUGGAGCAGACGGCACAGGCCAACAUCUCUAACAUCUGCACUGGACUGGAGAUUCUCUGCUUCCUGCUGACAGUGCUGCAGUCCCCAGCCAUCCUGGCCCAUUUCAAACCCCUCCAGCGGGGCAUCGCUGCAUGCAUGACCUGCGGCAACACCAAAGUUCUGCGGGCUGUCCAUUCUCUCCUUUCUCGCCUCAUGAGCAUCUUCCCCACUGAGCCUAGCACAUCAACAGUGGCAUCUAAGUAUGAGGAAUUGGAGUGUCUGUAUGCUGCUGUGGGCAAGGUCAUCUAUGAAGGACUUACCAACUAUGAAAAAGCCACAAGUAACACUAACCCCACACAGCUCUUUGGAACACUGAUGAUCCUGAAGUCCGCCUGCAGUUACAAUGCCAGCUACAUCGACCGCCUCAUCUCGGUGUUCAUGCGCUCACUACAGAAGAUGGUGCGGGAACACCUGAGCCCCCAGCAGGCCAACCCAGGGGUCACUGAAACCAGCACGGUGACCAGUGAGCUGGUGAUGCUGAGUCUUGACCUGGUGAAGACUCGACUGUCUGUCAUGAGCAUUGAAAUGAGGAAGAACUUCAUCCAGGUCAUCCUCACAUCGCUGAUUGAGAAGUCACCUGACCCCAAAAUCCUCCGGGCGGUCGUCAAAAUUGUUGAAGAGUGGGUGAAAAACAAUUCUCCCAUGGCUGCGAAUCAGAUGCCUAACAUACGUGAGAAGUCCGUCUUGCUGGUGAAGAUGAUGACCUACAUAGAGAAGCGUUUCCCCGAUGAACUUGAGUUAAACGGCCAGUUCCUGGACCUCGUUAAUUACGUCUACAGGGAUGAGAGCCUUUCAGGAAGUGACAUCACCUCCAAGUUGGAACCAGCCUUCCUCUCGGGGCUCCGGUGCACCCAACCACUGAUCAGAGCCAAGUUCUUUGAGGUGUUUGACGCCUCCAUGAAGCGGCGUGUUUAUGAGAGGCUGCUCUACAUCUGCUGCUCUCAGAACUGGGAGGCCAUGGGCAGCCACUUCUGGAUCAAACAGUGCAUAGAGCUGCUGCUGGCAGUGUGUGAGCGAAACACCAUCAUCGGCACCAGCUGCCAGGGAUCCAUGCUACCCUCCAUCACCAACGUCAUCAACCUGGCUGACAGCCAUGACCGCGCUGCCUUCGCCAUGGCAACGCAUGUCAAGCAGGAGCCACGUGAGAGAGAGAACAGCGAGACCAAGGAGGAGGAUGUGGAGAUAGACAUAGAGUUAGCACCAGGUGACCAGACAGCCAUCCCCAAGACUAAGGAGCAGGCUGAGAGAGAUGCAGGCAACCAACUGCACAUGCUGACAAACCGUCAUGACAAGUUUCUGGACUCACUACGGGAGGUCAAGACCGGGGCACUUCUGAACGCUCUUGUCCAGCUUUGUCACAUCUCCACACCGCUGGCUGAGAAGACCUGGGUUCAGCUCUUUCCUCGCCUCUGGAAGAUCCUCUCUGACAGGCAGCAGCAUGCUUUGUCAGGAGAAAUGAGUCCUUUCCUUUGCAGUGGCAGCCACCAGGCCCAGAGGGACUGUCAGCCCAGUGCCCUAAACUGCUUUGUUGAGGCUAUGUCCCAAUGUGUGCCUCCUAUUCCCAUCCGCCCCUGUGUGCUGAAGUACUUGGGCAAGACACACAACCUUUGGCUACGCUCCACUCUAAUGCUGGAGCAGCAGGCCUUUGAAAAGGGCCUCAGCCUGCACAGCAAACCCAAGCAGAGCACAGAGUUCUACGAGCAGGAGAGCAUCACACCACCUCAACAGGAGAUUUUGGACUCCCUAGCAGAGCUCUACUCCCUGCUCCAAGAGGAGGACAUGUGGGCCGGCCUGUGGCAGAAGAGGUGCAAGUUUCCCGAGACCACCACAGCCAUUGCCUAUGAGCAGCAUGGUUUCUUCGAACAGGCCCAAGAGAGCUAUGAGAAAGCAAUGGAGAAGGCUAGAAAAGAGCAUGAGAGAAGCAACAUCUCGCCAGCCAUCUUCCCUGAGUACCAGCUCUGGGAGGACCACUGGAUACGCUGUUCUAAGGAACUGAACCAGUGGGAACCUCUGACAGAAUACGGCCAAUCUAAAGGCCACUCAAACCCUUAUCUCAUGCUCGAGUGUGCUUGGAGGGUUUCCAAUUGGGCUGCCAUGAAGGAGGCUCUGGUACAGGUGGAGCUCAGUUGUCCUAAGGAGAUGGCGUGGAAGGUGAACAUGCACCGUGGCUACUUGGCCAUCUGCCACCCAGAGGAGCAGCAGCUUAACUUCAUAGAGCGGCUGGUGGAGAUGGCCUCCAGCCUGGCCAUCCGCGAGUGGAGAAGGUUGCCUCACAUCGUCUCCCACGUGCACACGCCGCUGCUGCAGGCGGCACAGCAAAUCAUUGAGCUGCAAGAAGCGGCCCAAAUAAAUGCAGGGCUUCAGCCAGCUAACCUAGGCCGCAACACCAGCCUCCACGACAUGAAGACAGUGGUGAAAACCUGGAGGAACCGACUGCCCAUCGUUUCUGAUGACCUGUCCCACUGGAGCAGCAUCUUCAUGUGGCGCCAGCACCACUACCAAGCCAUUGUGACGGCAUAUGAGACAAACACACAGCACGAUCCAAACAACAACAAUGCAAUGUUGGGAGUUCAUGCCUCAGCCUCCGCUAUCAUUCAGUAUGGAAAGAUAGGACGCAAACAGGGUUUGGUGAAUGUGGCUCUGGAUAUUCUGAGUCGUAUCCAUACCAUCCCCACAGUGCCCAUUGUUGACUGCUUCCAGAAGAUCCGACAGCAGGUCAAAUGUUAUUUGCAGCUGGCCGGCGUCAUGGGCAAGAAUGAGUGCAUGCAGGGUUUGGAGGUGAUAGAGUCGACCAACCUGAAGUACUUCACCAAGGAGAUGACGGCUGAGUUCUAUGCUCUGAAGGGCAUGUUCUUGGCUCAAAUCAACAAGUCAGAGGAGGCCAAUAAGGCCUUUUCGGCAGCAGUACAGAUGCACGAUGUCCUGGUGAAGGCCUGGGCCAUGUGGGGUGACUACCUGGAAAACAUCUUUGUCAAGGACCGCCAGCUCCACUUGGGAGUGUCAGCAAUUACCUGCUACCUUCACGCCUGCCGCCAUCAAAACGAGAGCAAGUCUCGCAAAUACCUAGCAAAGGUGUUGUGGCUACUCAGCUUUGAUGACAAGAACACCUUGGCUGAUGCUGUGGACAAGUACUGCAUUGGAGUCCCGCCUAUCCAGUGGUUGGCAUGGAUACCGCAGCUCCUGACCUGCCUGGUCGGUUCAGAAGGAAAACCUCUGCUCAACCUAAUCAGCCAGGUGGGACGAGUGUACCCCCAGGCAGUCUACUUCCCUAUCCGCACCCUUUACCUGACGCUCAAGAUCGAGCAGAGGGAGCGCUACAAAAGUGAUGCAUCUGGACAACAGCAGCCCAGUUCAGUGGGGGCCCAGCCUCACUCAGCGGCAUCUGACCCGGGGCCUAUCCGGGCCACUGCCCCAAUGUGGCGCUGCAGCCGGAUCAUGCACAUGCAGCGUGAGCUACACCCCACUUUGCUCUCCUCCCUGGAGGGCAUCGUGGACCAGAUGGUGUGGUUCAGGGAGAACUGGCAUGAAGAGGUCUUGAGACAGCUGCAACAGGGCCUGGCUAAAUGCUACUCGGUGGCCUUUGAAAAGAGUGGUGCCGUGUCCGACGCCAAGAUCACACCGCACACGCUGAACUUUGUCAAGAAGCUGGUUAGCACCUUUGGUGUUGGCUUGGAGAACGUCUCUAAUGUUUCCAACCUGUUCUCCAGCGCUGCUUCUGAGUCACUAGCCCGCCGGGCCCAGGCCACAGCACAGGACCCUGUUUUCCAGAAGAUGAAGGGACAGUUCACAACAGAUUUUGACUUUAGCGUUCCGGGCUCCAUGAAGCUUCACAAUUUAAUCUCCAAGCUGAAGAAGUGGAUCAAGAUCCUGGAGGCCAAGACCAAGCAGCUGCCCAAGUUUUUCCUCAUUGAAGAAAAGUGUCGCUUUCUCAGCAACUUCUCUGCCCAGACGGCCGAGGUGGAGAUCCCCGGGGAAUUCCUCAUGCCCAAACCUACGCACUAUUACAUCAAGAUUGCCAGGUUCAUGCCCAGAGUGGAAAUUGUUCAGAAACACAAUACAGCAGCACGCCGUCUCUAUAUCCGUGGCCACAAUGGCAAGAUCUACCCUUACCUGGUGAUGAACGAUGCUUGCCUGACCGAGUCGCGCCGAGAGGAGAGGGUCCUGCAACUUCUCCGCCUCCUCAACCCCUGUCUGGAGAAGAGAAAGGAGACCACUAAGAGACACCUCUUCUUCACUGUGCCCCGAGUGGUGGCAGUGUCACCUCAGAUGCGGCUGGUAGAGGACAACCCUUCUUCUCUGUCAUUGGUGGAAAUCUACAAACAACGCUGUGCCAAGAAGGGCAUCGAACAUGACAACCCCAUUUCCAGAUAUUAUGAUCGUCUGGCCACUGUGCAGGCCAGAGGCACACAGGCCAGCCACCAGGUCCUGCGGGACAUCCUGAAGGAGGUGCAGGGGAACAUGGUGCCUCGCAGCAUGCUGAAGGAGUGGGCGCUCCACACCUUCCCGAACGCCACCGAUUACUGGACCUUCCGGAAGAUGUUCACCAUCCAGCUGGCCCUCAUAGGUCUGGCCGAGUUUAUGCUCCACCUCAACAGGCUCAACCCCGAGAUGCUGCAGAUAGCACAGGACACAGGAAAGCUGAAUGUCUCCUACUUCCGCUUUGACAUCAACGACGCCACGGGCGACCUGGACGCUAACCGGCCCGUUCCAUUCCGCCUGACGCCAAACAUCUCCGAGUUCCUGACCACCAUCGGUGUCUCCGGCCCACUCACAGCCUCUAUGAUUGCCGUGGCACGAUGCUUUGCACAGCCAAACUUUAAGGUGGACGGCAUCCUGAAGGCAGUGCUCCGCGAUGAGAUCAUCGCGUGGCACAAGAAGACCCAGGAGGACACGUCCAUGCCUCUGUCCCCGGCCGGCCAACCAGAGAACAUGGACUCCCAGCAGUUAGUGUCAUUGGUCCAGAAGGCUGUCACGGCCAUCAUGACCCGCCUCCACAACCUGGCUCAGUUCGAGGGGGGAGAGAGUAAAGUCAACACGCUGGUGGCUGCAGCAAACAGCCUGGACAAUCUGUGUCGCAUGGACCCAGCCUGGCACCCCUGGCUCUGAGGCGACCCGCAGGAAAAGAUAGGACACAAUGGAGGACAACGACAAGGAUGAGAUGCAGGGAAAGAAAAUGUGUUUUUGUUACGUGUCUGACAAACACAGUGUGUUAGAUUUACGUUAAUCAUCACUGUAACAGAAGCCUGAUGGACAUGUUGGACUCAGUCUCUCUUGAUCAAAGUACACUGAAGUAGUUUGCAAGGUGGAUUCAGGUUGAAACAAAGGCCCUGACUGUCACAUUGAUAGUCUGAGUAGGGCUGGCCAGUAUCCACAAUAGUUACUGGACUGCUAAAAUCUUUUUAUCAAACCACAGUUUCUCCUUCAACUUAUAUUUAUUUUUGUAACUAAAUGACAGGGACUCUGUGAGGCCAGUUGCCCCUGUCUCACACGAAGACAGUACAAAUAUUUGAGUAGGUAUCAUAAUGAGCCACACUCAUGUUUAUGGGAGUUUUUUUUUUAAUUUUUAAUUCAAGAGAUGAGAAAAUCUUCUGUUCUGGUGUUUGCUUUAGCUGUGUCCGUGUUGUAUUUCGCCCCCAACAAGAGCUCACGAUUUUUACACUUUAAAACAGCCAUAUGUCCUCCUCAAAUUUGUAUCUUUUAUUUAACCUAAAAAAAAUACCUAGCUUCUUUUCUAUUCCUGUCAAAUCUUGGGAAACAGAUAAUGCAGAUAAUUUUUUUGACCCACUGCCUAAACUUUAUUAGUAACCUGUUUGACUCGUCCAAAUGCCAUUUUACUUUAUAUUCCUUAUGUCUGUCCAUCAGCCCUGUUGUAAUAUAACAAAGUAAAACGUCCGGGCGAAUUAACACUGUAAUAAGCUACAACUGCAAUGCAAAUCUCUCCUCCCCUUUAUGUAAAGGUACAGUGCUUUUUUCAACAGAACUAUUAUCUCUUGCCUUGUAAAUAAGCAUUUUGUUUUAAUAAAAUGCUCUUUUUUUUAAAUAAAA